AUGUAUGUUGGAAACAUCAACCCACAAGUAACGAAACUACUUGUUCAAGAGGUUUUCUCUAGCACUCGCGGUCCCCUUGAGGGAUACAAUCUCAUAAGGAAGGACAAGUCAUCCUAUGGUUUUGUUGAUUACUUUGAUCGCCGAUCAGAUGCACUUGCUAUUGUGAGCCUCAAUGGAAGGCAACUGUUUGGACAGUGCAUAGAGGCUACAGAUACCACAUUGUUUGUGUGUUUUUCAAUAUACAUGACUAGCUGCUCAGAUGCAAGAGUGAUGUGGGAACAGAAGGACUACGGAUGCAAUGCUUGCAUAGCCACCAUCAUACUAUAUGAAUCAACGAGUACAUCCGUGGCUAAUAGACAAGAACGCAAUCAAAUUAGGAAGUUGACUACCUAUUCAGGAGAUAUAAUUGACACUGCAGAAGACAUUGAAGCAGAAACCAUUAAAUUUUAUAGGCAAUUUCUAGGAUCAUCAAACCCUGUGUUAUCAGUAGUAAGGAGAGAUAUAAUGAGCAGUGGACCAAGACUAACAAGAACACAACAGUUGGAGCUAAUAGCACCAGUCACAAAGGAGGAGAUAAUAUCAGCGCUAAAAGAGAUCAAUGAUCAGAAGUCACCUGGGGAUAUGGAUACAAUGCCCUUUUCUUUAUAA